UUUCAUCAGUUGCGGUCUUCAAUCCACUAGGGGCAGACUACUUCCUGUGCAUCAAGUUCAAAGAACGGUGCUCGGCGCGCAGCUGACUAUCAAUGGACCUACAGUGUGUUUGGGGGAAGGCCGGGGACGAGUCGUUGUCAACGAAAAGGUGUCCCAUUUACAUGUGUUCUCGGUCCCCCUCUCCUCCCCAAUCACAUUCCCAAGGUGACGCGUGUCCACUUGCGGCUGGGGUAAGCACCGCUGAGGCGGUCAGCAUGCCAGUCCGUACUGACUGCUUUCCCAGCUCGUCAGGGGCCUGCAUGGCCUCGGUCUCGCUCAACCCACCCUCACCGAUCAACACACAGCAGCCUGGGGUGACCACCUCGCUUCUCUACAGUGGCUCACAGUUUCAGGGACACCAGAAGAGCCAAGGCAACUCGUAUGACGUGGAGGUAGUUCUACAGCAUGUGACCAUGGAGGAUUCCUACCUCUGCGGAUACCUGAAGAUCAAAGGUCUGACGGAGGAAUACCCAACCCUCACCACAUUCUUUGCCGGAGAGAUCAUCAGCCUGAAGUGCCCCUUCCUCACCAGGAAGUGGGAUGCUGAUGAAGAUGUGGACCGAAAGCACUGGGGGAAGUUCCAUGCUUUCUACAAGUAUGCCAAAACAUUCAACUCGGACGACUUUGACUACGAAGAGCUGACGAACAGCGACUUUGUUUUCAUGCGCUGGAAGGAGCAGUUCUUGGUGCCGGACCACACGAUUAAGGACAUCAGUGGCGCCUCCUUUGCGGGCUUCUACUACAUCUGCUUCCAGAAGUCCACAGCCACCAUAGAAGGCUACUACUACCACCGCAGCUCAGAAUGGUACCAGUCCCUGAACCUCUCUCAUCUCCCCCAACACAGUACCCCCAUUUAUGAAUUUCGGUGACACAUGGUUUCCCCAUCGGACUUAAUCUCGUGGUGGUGGUACGAGUGUCCAGUAGGAGCCGUGAGGGGCAGGAACACAUACAGGUUCCGGGUCGGAUACAGGUAUCGGGUCAGGGACACAGCAGUGCUCUCCACCUCUGCAGACCGGACAAACAUGGACCUGGAGUGGAAUGGAGAGAAGAUUGUGAGGAGGAGACACCCAGGCAGUGGCACGCUGUAGCUGGGGUUUUCCCUUCCCUCGGCCUCCUCUCUAAGUUUGGGGUUUCAGCCUCUCGUUCCUUCUGGCAUUUUUACCCAUUUUCUUGCUUUGCUUUAAACUCAGAGAGGUGAGACAAAGCUUUCGUUUUCUAUUCUGACAUCUUAUCUUGAACAGGUGGGCACAGUCUAACACCUGUAGAAUGGUUGAAUGUGAAAGAAAGAAAUGAAUUUGUAUUUUUAAUAUAUUUUAUAAAUAGUUUAUAUAUUCCAUAUAAUAAGAGGUCUGUCAUGUGAUUGGGUGGAGACUGAGACGGUAUUAAGCUGCAAACAGAGGCGGAACUCUUGAAUCUUCUGAAAAUUAGUCACUACCAGCACACCUUCGCCAUCAGCUGUCUUCUACUGAGAAAAUAACGUGCAGUAUUAUGUCGGUCAGCUGUUGUGCUUCAAGCCCAUUUUACAUGGAUGAUGGCAAUCAGAGAGACUGUGAAUAUAUUUGUAUUUGUAUUUGUGUGUGUGUGUGUAUGUGUGUUGUGUGCUCAUCUCCUGAAUGCUAAAGGACAGUGGGGCAUAGGGAAGGACUCAGGAACUUCAUGGAUGUGUCUUCUUCAUGGUUUUCAUACCACAUGUUUCUAUGCAACCAGGAAUCUUGGAAACGUAUGUUGUCGUAGUAUUAACCAAUAACAUUUUAACGGAAUAUUGCUUUGACAGUCACAACCAUGUUGAUGCAUAUGUACCCUAAAGUUGAUUAAAUUUCAAAGAUGGAUGUAAAAGCAUAUAUGUUCAGGUCAAAACCUGGAGGAAAAAGCUAGACUGUAACUGUUUGUGGGCAGACCCCCUCCAAAGGGAGAGGAAUGAAUGAAUGAAUGAAUGAAUGAAUGUGUUGUUCGGACUUUGGCUCAGUCUUGCCGUUCAUCUGCAAAGAUGGAGCUAAGCUGUAUAGAAUGCCAUGGGAAAAAAAAAAGAAUUUGUGUGUGUGUGUGUGUGUGUAUACAUACAACUACUGAAUGUGUUCCUGAGUGGAAGAAUGGAGGAGCAAUGACCUCAUUUGUGUAUACUGUCUGUCGCGAGCGACGCACAUCAGUCCUAUAGAUCCGAUCACUUGUGCCUAGGUAUGCGUGGAGCAUUGGUGCUCACGGCGUCUGAGGAGUACUCUAAGGGAACGGUUGUUUCAGUCAAAACAUUUGUACAAUAACUAAAUAAAUGCUGUUUUAACAA